ACAAAUGUACUAUCAUUUUUUUUUUACAUAUUUCCAUUUUCAAUUAACAUAAUUAUUCAUUAGAUUGAAUACAAAUUAAAUUCAUUUCUUAUACUUUAAAAAAAUUCUUUAAAAAAAUAUACAAAUUAUUUAUCUAUUAUUAUCAACAUAUUAUUACAUAAUUCUUUUCAAUUAAUUUGUUUUUCUAAAAAUUUUUAUGAAAAUAAUUUCCUAUCUUUAAUCCUAUUAAAAAUCUUAUUAUUGUGAAUUUCAUGUAUAAAAUUCAAAUUGUGAUUAAAAUGUUUUUUAACAAUCACAAAUACUAAAAACACGAUAAGAUAGCAUAAUAUUUUAAAUGUGGCGCCUCGGGCAACCCCACUUUUAUUCAUUUGAUACGCAGUCGCGAAUAUCAGAGAGAACAUAUAGAGAACCCCUUUCUUGAAACGCCAGUAAUCAUCUCUAGCCUUGCCACGAACCAUUGCGAUCGGAGGUGUCUCCUAUCCUCGAGCCGGCGUACUACACGAAGAAGCCUCGCUAAUUCAACCUGCCUGCAGUAGAUUCUCUGCUUUGCAAAGGUCUGACAGUGUUUUUUUAAGCGUCAAAUUUAAGCUUUCAUCUGAGAGAAGAAAAUCGAAGGGAAACCAAGUUCAAAAGUUUCAUGUGUUACGACGUACAACGAAAUGAAGCUCACGCAAAAGUGUCUUGGGAAUAUCAGCAAGAUGUUGGACUUUUAUUCGCAAUUCAAUCCUUCGCCACUUUCGAUAAAACAGUUCAUCGAUUUCGGCCUAAGCGCCUGUGAGAGGAAGUCCUUUAUAUUCUUGAGGAAGGAAUUGCCUGUCCGAUUGGCCAACAUUAUGAAAGAGAUCCAUCUAUUGCCGGAUAAUUUAUUGAAAAUGCCUAGCGUGGGUAUAGUUAAUAAUUUAUACGCAACCUCGUUCGAGGAUAUCAUGCAGUUCGAGAAGGUUGAAGUCAACGAUAGCACUCUAGACAAAUUCUGUCAGACAUUGGUGAAAAUUAGGAACAGGCACAAGGACAUCGUCGAAACGAUGGCGCAAGGUGUUUUAGAAUUGAAAGAAUCCCACGAUGUCGAUGUCCAGACGGAGAACAAUAUUCAAUAUUUCUUGGACAGAUUUCUCAUGUCUCGAAUUUCCAUUCGUAUGCUGAUCAAUCAACAUACUCUCUUGUUCGGUAGCGAAUUAAAUGGACACAGUAGACAUGUGGGAUCCAUAGAUCCAUCCUGUGAGAUAAGCAGCGUUGUGAAAGACGCGUAUGAGAAAGCGAGAUUACUGUGUGAUCAAUAUUAUAUGGCUAGUCCGGAAUUGAUAGUCCAGCAACAUAACGAGUACGAUCGAUGUAGCCAAAUUAGAAUAGUUUACGUACCAAGCCAUUUGUUCCACAUGCUGUUCGAACUUUUCAAAAACAGUAUGCGAGCGGUUAUGGAACACCAUAGUUCGAACGGGGAAUAUCCAGCGAUAGAAGUGAUCGUGUCGCGUGGAAAAGAAGAUAUAUGCGUUAAGAUGUCCGAUAAAGGCGGUGGUAUCCCUCGCUCGCAAAUGGACCAUUUGUUUAAAUACAUGUACAGCACGGCACCUAGGCCAACCAAAACCGAUGCUCACACAGUUCCACUUGCCGGAUACGGUUAUGGUCUUCCAGUAUCUCGAUUAUACGCCAGAUAUUUCCACGGUGAUCUCGUUCUCCAAAGUUGUGAUGGUUUCGGUACCGAUGCCAUCGUAUAUCUAAAGGCUUUGUCGAACGAAGCCAACGAGUUAUUGCCAAUUUUCAACAAGACUUCCUCCAAAUUUUAUCGAACUCAAGUAUCAACCACCGAUUGGAGCAGUCAUUGUGGUGGUGGAAUGGCCACGAGGCAAUUACGUAUGAGUCUUGUUCAAGGACACAAACUUCCACGUGGAAUGGAAGUUAGGCAUUGUUAACGAAAUUUCAUCUCUAUGGACCAAGGAAGUAAGUAUCUACUUACCUAGAUGUUCGACAUUUGUAAGAAUGGAAGAGAUUCUUCGCUGCAGUAUUUACCAUACAGAAUUUAAAAAAAAAAAAAAAAAGAAAAGAAACUCGUAGACGAACAGCGCAAAUUUAUUUUCAAAAUGUUAUCGUAUUCUAUGUGUAACUCGAUUCAAAAUCAUUGAAAUCACUGUUUCGAUUUGUAACUGAAUAUUUAUUGAUGUGAUUUUUGAUCGAUGUAUUGAUAGAUGUAUCUUGCAUUUGAAUCGCUCUUAGUGUUUCAGUGUUUCCUUUUUAAUGAGGUGUUUCGUUUACGAGCACCGAUACGAUCGGCGGAACAUUGAGAUUCGACAGAAUUGUUAAUCAAGACAACCGCUUCCGCUGUAGGUGGAAAAAGCCUUGCGACUUUCGUGUCACGAUAUCUAAAGAAGUAGCAAGGAUCCACAAUCGAGAUCCUUCGUAAUAUAUUUUUCACGAAUAUAAACCGUAGAUGACCGUGAUGGUUACAGCGACGUUAUUGCCUCGUCAAAAAUGACUUAUUGUUCGUUGUGCCCGCGGUUACGAUGCUCACAUAUCACGAUUCUUGAAAUUUAACUGCAUUUUAAAUAUUUCCGAUAUAUUUUUUUUAUUAAUUUUAUAAAUUUAAGUUUUUAAGAUAUUUUUAAAAAUCCUAGAAUUAAUCUGAACGUUCCAUCAAGAUCAUUUCUUUAUAUAUACGUAUAUAUACAUAUACGUAUAUAUGUAUGUAUAUAUAUAUAUAUGUGUGUAUAUAUAUAUAUAUAUAUAUAUACAGACACAUAUGCCGUGCUUUUAAUAAAUCAGCAUUUUAAUUCUCUUUUUUUGAACAUUUUUUUGUUCAAACAUGAAAUUGUUCAAACGUAUGCUGACUUAACUUUGUGAUCGAUCGAUACAAAAGCGAGAAGGAAUUUUCCACUCGUUAGAGGAAUUUUUAUAAAAAAAAAAAGUAUGCCACAAAUGUAAAACUGUGAUUUGAUACGUGAUUUUAGUUAAAUAUAGCUAGACAAACUUUGAACUUGUUAAUCUACGACGUCAUUCGCGUUUAUGAAUUUUAACUAUGUUAUAUGUAAAAAAAAAAAGGAAAAAAAAAAAGAAAAAAAAGGAAAAAAAUUAAAAAAAGAAAAAAAGAUGGAUAAUUUAAUAAUCGCUUAGAAAUAUGAGUUAAAGAAAAUGACAUGCGAGUCGGAAGGACUGGCUGAAAGAAAGAAUAAUAAUAUUAACGUUCACUUUAUCCUGGGAAAGUAUUUUGUAUACCGUAUACAAUCAAAUUCUUAAGAAGUAUUUCAGGUGUGUUUUAAAUGAAUUUUUAUAAGACUAAAACAUAGAAACAAAGAUUUAUACGCAAUAAAUUCAUUUCCGCGACUUUCGAGUCUCGUUUAUAUUCUAAGGUAUUUCCUUCGAUUCAUUAUAAUGAACGUGUGAAAUUCAGCCAGAAAGAAGUUCGAAUUCAGGAUGAUGCAAUAUCGUCGCGUUCAUGUUAUCUCUUAUUUCUUAACACUGAUUUUCUAAUGUGAAAUGAACCUCGCUCCUCUUUUUAUUCGAAAUUGUAUAACGAGGUUUCUAUAUAUUUUUAACUAGUAGAGUACGAUGACAUUUAAUUUUCACAAAGAAACAGGCACAACCAGCGUACCUUAGAAUACUAAACAAUUUUUAAGUCUUUACCUCCCUUAGGAUUUAUCGUAUAAAUGAGACUGCAUAAUUUGCGCGUAUCCUGCACGUUUUCUACGAUCUAUUAUCAUUUUGUUUCUUUAAAAGAGAAUGAGAAAAGAGAGGACGAAUUUAGAAAGUGUUUGUGAACUGUUCCUUAAACCGAUGCAUUUUAUUAUUUUAAAGGGACAGUGUCACUUUCUGUAGCGAAUGUUUUCUGUUAUGGAUUAUUCGAUCCGACGUAUGAUCCCACGGUAUAUUUGCGGUAUAUUUUGAAUGUAUGUUUUGUCCCCCCCCCCCAUGUAUAUAAAUUUUUAAUUUUUAGAGCACUCGGAAUAUUUGUCUAGACGACAGCUGUAAUUUUAGCUGUAAUUAUAAAUAUGUAGGGAUAAUUCGCGCACGUAACGCGAGUGAAACACUUGUAAAACAUUGUUAAUAAACAUAUUACAAGAUAAAAAAAUGUGUGAUAUUUUUUUUUUCUUUUUUUCCUUUUAUAAUUCAUUCUUUGAACAAAACUGAAUGGCCACGUGUACACGGAAGAGUUGUUUUGAAGUGUUGAAAGAAGUUCAAUUCGGUUCGAUGUGACACAGAACAACGCUUCGAUGGAAUUUACUAAUCUAACAAGUAAAUACAUUAAAAUAGAUGCAUUGCUGUAGUUUUAUUACGUUUGGCCAUGCGUACCAUAAGUAUGAGUUCGCGUUUCGACAAAUGUUUCUCUCUUACCGCACGCUUCGUUCGCUAAAAAUAAUAAAAAGUACUUAGCAAUAACAAUUAUUUUCAUUUAUAAAAUAACGCUACCCUAUGUAUAUCUGGUGUCCAUCAAUGUAUCAAUUAAUGGAUUUAACAGAACGUUCUACAAUUAGAAUUGGCGAGUAAAACUUACAAUUAUCAUUGAUCGGACGGUGCUCGUUUCUUUUUUUCCUUCCAGUUCUCUGGAACCGAACAAUCGAUGAUAAUUUACAAAUCAAAUUAUAGCAAGUUGCACGUUUGAUACUUGAAUCUUUUUUAAAACGGUAGCAGAAUAAACGAUAAAAACAAAUAAUAAUUCGACAUGAAAGAAAAACGCUUUAAAAUGUAAUUAAAUAGAAAAGAAAUUAAAACAUGUUCAAACAACAAAAGAAAAGUGAAUAAAAUUAACAAAAUUGAUUUUGAUUAAAAAUAAUAAUAUUGUUUAUCGAUUUAAAAUUGGUUAAAAGUAAUAAUCGAAGCCAUUGGAACCGAUUCGAAACGUUUCUGUCGUUGAGCGCUUUCAAAAUCCUUUCUCACUUUUUGUUUUUUUAUUUUUAUUUUUUUAUUUUUUUAUUUUUUUGUUUUUUUUUUUUCUCAAAUUUGGCACCGUCAAUUUUAACUCGUUCUCCUUUUCCAGCAACAAGAGAAUACAUUCAAUUUCAAAUUAAUUGCAGACCAGUUAUUCCGAUAAAAGUUUAUCACAAUAAUAAAGUUUUUUUUAGUGCGCGUCCUAUAAGUUUGUGUACAAGUUGUUCCUCGAUUGUAAAUUCCAAAAAUACAAUCUUGUAUCCUUCUCAUAUCUGCACGAAUUUCCAAAAAGUGUUAAUGAACUGCACGUAUCAUUUCGUUCGAUUUCUGUCGUAUGAAAAUUAAUUACACGCAUCGUGGAGAUUUUCUUUUAAAGCUAUCAAGCGACUUUUCAGUGAUCUGGGAAAAUAUUAGCUAUUAGAAUAUACAUUUCAUUUUUCUAAUCAUUCCACGAGCGAGAUCCAGUCGAAAAAAAAAAAAUAAAUAAAUAAAUUCGAUCGGAGAAAUAUAUUAGAAAUUAUGGAGAAAAUUAACAUUUAUUGUACAACAAUGAAAUAAUGAUAAUAUCAGAAAAUCAAUAAAGAGCAAAAUUAAUAUUAUACGAUUUAGAGAUUUUUCAACGGAUCCCGCUUUUGCUUUCAAUUUCUCUUAAGAUCUCUCGCUCAGGCAAAAAACUAUUGCUAGAAUUUCUCUUAAAUUGUUAUUAAACGAUUUAUCUAUGCUACAAUGUAUAUACAGCAUGGCAGUGAUUACACACUCUAUAUUUCCUUGCCGUACAAUACACGUGCUACAAAAAAUUUUGCAACGUUAAAACUGCUUGAUUCGAGCUUGCGAAUGAUCGUAUCAUCGACCGUUCGCAGAUCUUUCCUUAUCGAAUUUUAAUAUCCCCGAUUGAUUCAAGAUCGGCGUCGAUCAACGUAAACGUAUUUGUCAAUCUAUCUAUAGAACAUACUUGUCAUGCCUUAUCAACAUGUUAGAAAGAAAUUUCUUCUGACAAAUCACAAAAUGCGCCUGUUACGUCUACGUAUCUCCACCGUGUAAAUUAAUCGGAUAAUAGAUUUUACCAAAAGCGAGCGCGAGUCUUGGAAAAUCCACCUAAUCGAGUACUUUUUUAUUUAUUUGGACAGUAAAUUUGGUCGUGAAUAGAUAGGAGGACAAUCGAUCAGAUUAAAUUCGAACGGCUCGUUAUGUACAUUGAAAUUAAUUUCGUAGUAAAAUUAAUUUUCCUAAUGUUUCUUCGUCUCGUGCGCGUAGAAAAAUAAAGAAAACGAACGUCAAUUUAAUACGGAGACAAUAAUGAGCGCCUUGUGAUUGCGAAAGGUAUAUGUAAUUUUUUUUUUUUUUUUUUACGGUUAGUAAUUACGCUCGAUUACAUUCCUCAUACGACAUUAGUAUAAUUAUUAAUUAAUCUAGGACAUAUUCACUACUCAAAUAGAUACUUUAAUAAUAAUUACUCUUUAUAGUCUAUCAAAAUAUUCAUCACAGUGCUACGGACACAAAAUUGUGUUCUGUUUAUACGUGUAAAUAAUGAUUCUUUUUCUUCGAGCAGGAAAAGUCGCGUAAUCCAGCCACUCGUUGAUUGCUACAUUAUUUCACACGAAAGAUAGAUUUUUCAUUUCUUCUUCCUUUCUCUCUCUCUCUCUCUCUCUCUCCACGUUUUCCCUUUCUUUUCUUUCUUCUUCCUUGUAUUGUUUUUUUUUUCUUUUUUUUUUAAUAAAAUAAACGACGAUACUAAUCGCCUUUCAAUUUUCUUCUUGAAAAAUAUCAACGAAUCGAUAAAUGGCAUCUAUUUAAAUUACAUUUUAAACUUCUAGAUUUUCUAGAUCACAUAGUUCUCUGUUCAUCUUUUGUACAAUAGUUUGAGGAUACCUUUGAUGUCAACGAGAGACCCGAUUCUUGAUAUUUUCUAUGCUCGUAUCACUUAUUUUUUUCUUUCAUUCUUUUUCUUUUUUUUCUUUUUUUUCUCUAUGGUGCUACACACACAUGACAGUAUCAUCCCUUUUUAAAAAAUUCUUAUUCGACUUUACAUAUGACUUAUAUUUACAACAAUAAAUUGAGGAGAUGGCCUUCCAAGGAGAUCGUCCAACUUAUAAUUAAAUUGACGAACUCGAAUAAUUAGAAACUUUAUUAGUUUCCAUUCGAAAAAAAAACA